AUGCCUUCGACGUCGUCUCCACCAUCGACAGAGCCGAGCGGCAGCGCGCAGUCGACGCUCUUCUCGACUCCAACCGCGAGCAACGUCCGCAUACAGACACCCGAAGCACCCGCCAGUCUCGACGACCUUCUCAAGUCGCCCCACAAUCCUGCCUUUCAGACCAGACAGCCUAGCUCGACGUUCAGAGGCGCUUCUGCUGACGAUCCACGCCGUCGGAGUGGCUUCCACCUCUGGCGCACCGAAUCGGAAGAUGCUCGCACCGUACGGCUGCGUCAAGCGGUCGAAGCGGCGGAAGCACAAGCCAACGCUCCUCAGAGCUUGUCACGGCGGCUCACAAACGUCGUCAAAGCUGCGACCGAUCGACUGACAUCGCAUCGUCUCUUCAGCCUAUACCGACGCAACUCGAUCCAUCUCCCCGACGACGAGGAGGAGGGGCCACCUACAGAAGCCUUCACCCUGCGCGAGCCUCGCCUCACCAAAAUUGGCCUCAUCGUCCUCACCAUCAGUCUUGCCGGUGCGCAGGUCGCAUGGACGCUUGAGCUCGCCUAUGGCACACCGUACCUCCUCUCGCUCGGUCUCAGCGAGCAGAGCACCAGUCUGGUCUGGCUCGCCGGCCCGCUCUCUGGUCUCAUCGCCCAACCCGUCGUCGGCUCACUGUCCGACCAUUCCACCUCGUCCUUCCGUCGACGCAAGUACAUGAUCAUCUCUGCGUCGCUCCUCGUCAUCUCGACCAUCACGCUCGCCUACUCCGUGCCCAUCUCCACGGCUCUCGUCGACCUCUUUGGCGGUGGACUCGCCGACUGGGACCCUCACCGUCACCAACUCGUCCAUUCCACCACGCAGAUCAUCUCGGUCGUGGCCUUUUGGAUCCUCGACUUUGCCCUCAACGGUCUGCAAGCCGCCUCGCGCGCACUCAUCCUCGACACGGCCCCCUCAGACCAACAGACGAUCGCCAACGCCUGGCAGGGUCGAAUGACGCACGCGGGCAACGUGGUCGGCUACUUGUGCGGUUGGGUGGACCUCGCCUCCUGGCGCGGGCUCCGCUGGCUAGGCGGUGGCCAAUUUCGUCGAUUCGCAGUCAUCUCCCUCCUCGCCAUGAUCUCGUGCGUCACCAUCACGGUUGCGUGCAUCACCGAAUCGCCGUCCGAAAAUAACUUCGACAACAACGCGCGCAGACAGUCCAUGUGCACCUCCGCAUGGCAGGCGACCAAGGCGACGGCGGAGGAUGUGUGGCAUGCCAUCCGAAGACUGCCUAGGUCCGUGAGGAGGGUGUGUCUCGUGCAGCUGUUUGCGUUUAUGGGUUGGUUUCCGUUUUUGUUCUAUAGUACCACGUAUGUGGUUCAGAUCGCUCAGUAUGAACGCAUGCAGAAGCGUCGUCAGCAUCAGGAUGCGUUCUUCUUCGAGCCGGGGGGAGGGGAGGGCAGACCGAGUUCGGAUCGAGAUGCCGAACGUGGGUCGUUUGCCAUGUUGAUGUUUGCCGUUGUUGCGCUUGUCUCUGGAGCGCUGCUGCCGUACCUCGCGCUUGCGGGGGAGAAAGGGUCGUCGCCACCGCAGUUGGAGGACGAGGAGCCGCCGACACCGCCGUUGCAGCUCGACAUGCACUCUGCGCAAGAGCACGGACGGGGGGAUCCGGAGGCGGAAGAACGGCUUUCCCGCAGUAAACGCCUUGUCCGCGGGUUGAAGCACGGCCUCACCCUGCGCACGUUUUGGACGCUCGCCUCGCUUUCGUUUGCGCUGCUGAUGCUGGUGGGCACAGCGUGGGCGUCGACGGUUCGGCAGGCUACGGUGGUGAUCGCGCUCGUGGGGGUGCCGUGGAGCGUUGCGGCGUGGGCGCCUUUUGCUAUGGUCGGAGAAUUCGUUCGCGAGGCCGAAGACGGAACUUCACCCUUCGAGUUCGAAACGGAUCACUGGAGUCCGGCGCGAACGCGGGCGAGGGUGGAAGAAGGUCUCAAGCGACGCUCCUUCCCCUCUUCUGCGGUCGACGGAGGAGAGGAAGGCGCGAGGGAACGGGUCCGCGCAUCGCUCGUUCAGUGCGAACCCCUACCCCACACCCUUACGGACAGCACCGAAUCGCCCGACGAAUCCACCUCACAUGCUCACAACGAAGCAAGCGGCGCAGGAACCAUCCUGGGCAUUCACAACCUCGCCAUCGUCGCUCCCCAAUUCGUCGUCGCCAUCAUCGCCAGCUUGAUCUUCAGCGCAGCGCAUUCCAACCACAACGGCGUCCACCUCGUGCUGGGUGAACGGUUGGUGGUGCAAGAGACAGCGGGCAAUCCGGCAGAGGGGACAAUGUGGGUGUUGCGAUUCGGUGGAGCUAUGGCGCUGAUCGCCGCUUGGGCCACGAGGUACGUGCCCCUGACGCUGAGCGAGCGCAAGAGGAGGUACGGGGCGAGGGGUGCGAGGGACAGUGUGGUGGACGGGGGAUUGUAUAGGGACGAUCCGGAAGACGAGAUGUAA